AGCCGCAGGCGGCGCGGGGGAAGAGGGCUCGGCCUCCCUGAGGGGUGCGGGGUGUGACACCCCAGCCCCCCGUUCUUCGCCUCGCCUCGGGGCCCGGCGCGGGGGACAGCGCCGCGCGAGCGCGCGGUUGCACUUUACUCUGGUUCACCCUUUGUGCGGUGUCCUCUGCGUGGUGGGGCUCUGUGGGAGCUUGGAGGCAGGGAGUUCUUUCUUCGCUGCAGCUUAUAGUGACGAUGAACCAACCGCAAACCUCUGUUUCUGAACUGUUACAGUACUUGCAGUUUUCGUUGAGCUCCUCGGACACCCAUUCUAAGGGGUUACACAUGAUCCAUACGCAGGCAGCCUCAUCAGUGUUCUGCAAGCGGUCCAUAUGCAGGAGGUGAAUGCAUCAGUAGCAAGUUUGCUAUUGAUACGUUGGCGCUCUCGAGGGGCAAGAGACCUUUGCAGAGGGAUCUGGAUAGACUGGAGCACUGGGCAGUCAUCAGCAGGAUGAAAUUUAACAAGCCCAAAUGAGAGAUUCUGCACCAGGGAUGGAGUAGCACUGCACACGAGGAAUUCACUCUCUUAAAAGAAGAUGUCUACAUCUAACAUUGCAGCAAAAGUGGAAAGUUGGCUUGCAUCAACAUGGCAUGUUAAAGUUCCUUGGACAUGGUUGGAAGCAUGUAUUAAUUGGAUCCAGGAAGAAAACAGUGGUAGUAAUUUAAGUCAAGCUCAGAUUAACAGGCAGGUAUUUGAGCAAUGGCUUCUUACCGAUCUAAGAGAUUUGGAAUAUCCCAUUUUGCCUGACUGUAUCUUAGAUGCUCCCAAAGGAGAGUUGUCAGGCUUCUACUCUAUACAGAUUGACUCACUGGUUGAUGUUAGCCAGCCAGCAUACUUGCAGUUGCAGAAGCUAAGAGGGAAAAGUACUGUAAAUGAAGAAGUAACAACUAGUACUCAGGCAUUUCAGAAGCCCUGGGAAGCAAUGCCUACUCGACUGCUGAUGCUGCAACUGACUGAUGGGAUACAUCAAAUUCAGGGCAUGGAGUAUCAACCAGUGCCUGUCCUCCAUAGUAAUCUUCCUCCUGGAACAAAAAUCACUGUACAGGGUAAUAUUGCAUAUCGUCUUGGAGUCCUUCUGCUUAAACCAGAAAAUGUGAAACUGUUGGGCGGUGAAGUGGAUGUUCUUCUGAAGGAGUAUUCUCAAGAAAGAGUCCUUGCUAUGUUAAUUGGAGAAACGGAAAGCCCUAAUUCUGUUGGGUGGGCUGGUCACAACCAAAUUGUUUCAAGGCCUGUGGAUGAAUUCGAACAAAAUACAGGCCCUUCGGAUGAAGAGCUUUUAGCCAGUCUUGGUGAAAGUAAUGAAUUUACUUUAAACAAUGAAACAGCUUUAGAAAGUGGAUAUUGCAGUGGAAGCAACAAUUUUAGUACAGCCACAGGUUCACUGACUGUGUGCAAUGGAAACGCUUUGCUGGGAGAAUGUGGAAGGCCUUUGCCUAGUUCAGAUGAACAAGUUUCACCUCCCACAGAAUAUGAUGAUGGCUUUUUAAAUGACUUUCCUUUAGAGGAUGACUUUCUUCUGGAAGAAGAGAUGCAAAGAGAGCCGGAAGAAGUGCCGCCAGUGGUUGUGAACAGAAACAUAGGUUUAAUUACUGAGAGGCUUCCACAUAUAUCUAGAAGCUCUUGCAAUUCAUCUUUAAAUGGCACUUGUGAAAAAGAUGAUGUGAAUGAAAGAAAUAAGCCUGUAGACACUAUAAGCAAGCAAAACACUUUUGGAAGAACAGUAUUUGAUGGAUAUAGAAAUAGUAUGAGUAGCUUUUCACAGCACAAGAGCUUACCUCAGACCUGUAGUUCUACAGAUUUUUCUUUGGAAAAGCCUCCUGAAGAAAGGCAGAAUGAUACAUACCUAGAUGAGAGCAAAUGUAAAUCUCAGCCCAAUUCUGACAGCAGGCGGUUAGACAAUGAUCUUCUGUUUUUCUCAAAACCAGAUCCACAAGCAGUUCAGCAGAACCAUGAUUCACAGACCUUUCCUUGUAGAGCAGCAGAGGCACAUUUAGACUUAGAUUCUUCACCUUUCACAUAUAUUUCCCUUCUCCUUGCAAAAAACCCAGAAACGAUUACGAUUCUGAAAGUUAAGUGCUUUAUUGUUACUCUCACUGGAAACCUCACAAGCAGCAAUGGGUCCUGGGGCAUAAAGGCAAAAAUUUCUGAUGGUUCAGCUUAUCUCGAAGUAGAUUUUGCUGAUGAUAUUCUGACAAGUUUGAUUGGCUUUUCAGUGCCUGAAAUGAAUAGGCUGAAAAAGGAUAGAGCUUUACAUAUGAAGCUUAAGGAUGGUUUAGAGAAAUGCCAAAAACAACUGAUAGAUCUCUGUUGUUUGAUGACCAUAGAGUUUAAUCCGGUUCAGUCAAAAGCGACUGUUGUAAUUCUUCAGGAUGCUGAUGCAAGGCAUCUAGAACAGUUGAAGGAACGUUUGAAUAAAUAACGUGUGCAAACUUGCAGACUGUAUAUUAGGAGCACCUAAGUCAGGUUUCCCCUGAAGGACUGCUGAAAGUUAAAUUUUAAAGUUACGUGGUAUGUCUUUUUCUCUUGCCAGGGAAAAUGAUGAAACAGUGAGAGGAGGAGAUGACUUGUUGGAGUGAAACUUAGCAGUUUGUUUCUUAUGGUGAUCAUAUUGUUUUCAAAUUUUUCUGUCUUGGUUUAAAAUACUCAUGUAUUAUUUCCAUUCUGCAAAAUCCUCUGUGUCCUUGACUGGUGAUCUGGAGUAGCAGAAUUUGUCAGGAAACGGAUAACAAACCAACUGUCUCAUUGUUACGCUUUUUCAAGGAUGAUUACUUGCCUGUUUUUUAAAAGGUAGCUGUAGGAGACUGUCAGUCUUUACUCGGAGGAGUGGUUAAGUACAUUUAAACAAAGAAUUAGUGUUUAAAUGCGGUCACCUCUGACUGUGCCAACCUGAAAAUUUCAAUACAUAUUCAGUGUUCAAGAAUGUGAAGUCUGGAGAAAUGAAAGGUUUUCUUCCAAAUGUGGAGGGGUGUGUGUGGGGAAAACAACCCUAUAUAUAAGUGAGAUAAAAAGCUGAAUAUUUAAAAAAAAAAAAUUUAAAAAAGCCAAAUAAUUUGAAAUCUCCUAUUAACAGAAAAGAAUGAUUAUAACAUGGAGAAUCUUUUUUGUCAUGUUAAUGUUAACCGUUGCUAAUAGUUUUGAACCCACAGGCAACCUUAUUCAUUAACUCUUAGAAUUGCUGUCUAACUUUUCCACAAAGUAGUCUAAAUACUUGUGCUACAAAGCUGUUGUAUGUGUGUAUUUAAUGGUGGUCUUGAUUGAUUUUUUUAAAAACAUUUCUGCUUUAGAAUGUAUAAAAGUAAAUAAUUAAAAUUUUCAUUUAA